CGUUCUAGGCCAACACAAUUGAGGUUGAGCAAGAUCCCCUUUUGGGCAGUGGAGACCAUUUGCCGUCCUAUGGAACUGACGAAGGAGUCAGUGGACAUCAACAAAGCACCAGGAAAGAACCUUGUGACACACUUGUACGUGUCAUGAAGACCGGCAUCAACGGGUUCGAGUCUUUCUGUGCAAAGCUGUGGAUAGCAAUCUGGCCUUUUCUUGGCUUCUGGUGGUUCUUGUUCUGCAGUAUUAUGCAACUGGUCUGCCUGUGGAGAGCAAGGACGGACAACGGUGGCCAUAAUGAUACAAUGGUUAAUGACACAUGGUACACUGGGGAUGUACACUACAUCCACCACACAGAAAACGCAGAACUUUCUAACGGCACUUGGUGUUGGAUACAUUGUCAUCAGCCGUACAAAGUGGAGAAAAACAUUUCUUAUUCGCUCAUUUAUUGCCUGUUUACAUUCAUGUCAGGUAUACUGAUUAUCCGAUGGCGCUACCAGAUCAAUUGGAAGGAUCUGCUGAGGAAUAAGAUUAAGCAGACUGCGGUUUAUGACAAACGGUAUUUACUGGCUUUGUACGUAAUUCUAUGGGCCAGCGCCCUCACGCUAAACCAUAGUCUAAAAUGUGCCUCCUGCGAUCAUCUCUUUGCCUUACGGUGGACGAUAAGGUAUUUUUCUCAUCACAAGUAUGAGGUACCACACUACGUGUGCUCAUUUGUUACACUGUCAUUCUAUGCUAUAAUCUACGUGCCAUCUUUCUUCUGCUGUUCGUACGUUCUAGACUUGACCAAUGCUUUAGUGUCCUUAGCCUCUGACACCAAGCAGCUUGCUGAAAGCAUCAGCGACAAUGUUAACCCUGACAGCAUUCUUGAUAAAGUCUCCAAUAGAAUCAAAGAGAAGAGCUGGUCGCGUUAUUCAGGCAUUGGCAAAGAACUUGAAUUUUUCACCAAACUGACGAUGUUUGUUGGAGCAACAGUCGGUUUCUCGUUUGCGAACAUUUACGUCUCUUCACGAAGUAUAACACUUAUGGAAUGGAACGAUCAUAUGACUCAGCUGUUGGGUCUUGCUGUCACAAUUAUGACUCCAUUCUUCUUUCUCGCAAUAGGAGUCAAAAAGUUGCAUGAAGCGCAUGAAAUCUUUGUUAGCGAAGCUAGAAAAGCACAAGUGGAGAACAGGCGGCUCUUGCGUGCCACUGUCAGACGUGGAGAUAUAGAAGACCAUAGCGAAACGUGGGACAUAAUAAUUGACGCUAUGAAGGAAAAUGUGGUCAGCAUUGUGAAUACCGAAAAGGAGCUGUAUUGGACGGCUUUAGCAACGAUAGGUGUGAUUCUGUGGCAACUCCUUGGACACCUGAACAAGUUUAAUGACACCCCCAAUACGAAUAUCGAGGAUGAACGAUUUGCUUUGACAUAUUUCGCCAGUUUAACGCUUCUUCUCGCAAUCUGUGCAACAUUUGGGCUACUGUUUGGGUUGAACAUGAUCCCACGGUGUAUCAAGUCAAGUAAUAGGCAAGGUAACUGUAAGGUAUUCCUGUGCUCCGUUUCGGUCGGAGUCGCUCUUCUUGCAGCAGUCUAUACUCCCUGGUUGAUUCAGUUUAACGGUAGAACGUGCCCACUGUGAUAUAUGCCUAUCUGUUUACUCUUGCUCAAUUUUCACAACUACGUGGCUGUCAACACACUCUUUCAGUAGGACAAUCUUAAAUCUGAUGUGCUAAUCUCUUGUUUCAAACAAAUAAAAACAUUACCACUUGUGUAUGUAAAUAUUUUUUGGCACCGAUGUAUUGAAAUAAUCAAGUGUCUGCUUGCCGACUUAGAUCACUGAUGUUUUUGCAGCACCCACAGUUUUUUUAAUCGAUAAUGCACUAUCAUAAUGGUUUACUAUAAGAUUGUAACUAAAUACAUUUAUCUGGUGGUCUUCACUUAGAACUUGGUUUAGGCUUGUAUAUACAGUUUCCUGGUCUGCUACCACAUGGAUACACAGAGAACGCAAAGAUAAGCAUUUCUGGCAGAUGUCGGACAAUAGGUUA